GCGCAAAUGCUGCCUGGCAAAGACCAGGACCAGGCCGGGUCCUCCCCUCAGGAGUUCUCCAUCGCACAGAGCGAUGAUGAUGACGUCCCACCUUCAGCGAGCAGCGAUUCUGCCCCAUCAAUCCAUCUCGAUGCACCCAGCAGUAGCACAAGCACCAGGACAGACGAAGCAGGUACCGGCGAUGCAUCAGGUCAGGGUGUGCCGAGAAUGAUGCAAGAGGCCUUUCCGAUGGACAAGAUGCAGAACGGCUUGGGGGCGGCAAAGAACUGGGUGACUUGGGGUUGGGGCAACGUGGUGUCGAGCGCCAAGAAGAUCGGUGAUGACAUUGCCAAGUCGGAGUUCGUGAAGGAGACAGAGAGGCUCGCACAGAAGGCCGAGGAGAAUCUGCAAACCGGAGCUACCGAGGCUUUGCGUCGCGUCUCGCAGGCUACAGAUGCAGCCGUGGCCAAAGCUGCUGAGACAGUGUCGCAGAUUGACCAGGACAUUCAGUCUGGACUGCAGCACACAGAGGAGCGAGCCAAGGAACUCCACGAGCAGCUGAACCCAAAGCUGAAGGAGGCCGGUGAGAAUGCCAAGAAGUCUCUGAUGGGAGCCGCGCAGUGGGGUGCAAAGACCGCCAUUUGGUUCCAGUCUUUCGGGGCGGGCACCCACGUGGACAGUGACGAGGAGACAGACAGGACGGCUGCAGCAAGUUCCGCUGGUCCCAGUGAGGCGGCAUCCGGCUCCUCGUCAUCAUCAGGCUACCCUUCGGCCCCCGCGCAAGCACCGGCUGUAGCGUCCAUGGCCGAGGUGCCUGGGACCGCCGCGGCAGCUCCUACCCAAAGUCAAGGUGAAGAGCAGGCGCAGAAACAGGCCCAGCAAAAAGCCCUGAAGGAAGCUGAAGAGCAAUCCCGAAAAGAGGAGGAGGCACAGGCUCAAACGAAGGCAGCCCAAAUGGAAGCAGAGGCAGUUGCGCAGAAGCAAGCCGAGGAAAAGGCCCGCAAGGAGGCGGAGGAGAAGGCCCAGAAGGAGGCGGAGGAGAAGGCCCAGAAGGAGGCGGAAGAGAAGGCCCGCAAGGAGGCGGAGGAGAAGGCCCAGAAAGAGGCGGAGGAGAAGGCCGAGGAGAAAGCCCAAAAGGAGGCGGAGCAGAAAGCCCAAAAGGAGGCGGAGGAGAAGGCCCGCAAGGAGGCGGAGGAGAAGGCCCAGAAGGAGGCGGAGGAGAAGGCCCAGAAGGAGGCGGAGGAGAAGGCCCGCAAGGAGGCGGAGGAGAAAGCCCAGAAGGAGGCGGAGGAGAAAGCUCAGAAGGAGGCGGAGGAGAAG